CGCUAGGCCCCUUCGCGUUCCCGGCCGGUUUGGCUGGUGUAGCGCGCGGGGAACCGCGGUUUAGUUGGGAGUGGAAGGAAAGUGUCGGAAGAGGCGUCGUUCCCGCCGCGGAGGCCGCUGCGAGGCUCUUCUGUCCCCGCUCGGUCGCCCGCCGCUCCCCGCCCCGCUCCUCCCGCCGGUCGUUGGCGGAGUCCGCGCCGAGGAAGCCGGCUCAGGUUCUGCUUUCAGCAGAUGCACUUAUGGACCCUGCACCGAGCUCUGUGACCUUUGAGGACGUGGCUGUGUACUUUUCCCAGGAGGAGUGGAGAUUUCUUAACAAGGCUCAGAGACACUUGUACCGCGAUGUGAUGCUAGAGGUCUUUGCACUCGUUGCCUCACUGGGUGGCGGCCAGGGAGCACUGGAGGCGGCAGCACCCUCUGAGCAGAACGUGUCUGGAGGAGGGUCACAGAAGGCCUAUGCCCAGGACUAUAGCCUGGACACAAACCCUGGCCAGACCGCCUGUGGGACGCAGGGGGAUAUUCACCAGCAUCCAAAGCAGCACAGUGUGGGGCAGCCGCUCAGAAGGAACUUGCAAAGCUGUGCCACACACAUGUCAGGGAAGCCCUUCCGUGCUAGCUCAGGCCUUCUCCAACACCAGCUCCUUCACAGCCAGCAGACACCCCCUAAGGCCACUGACUGCACAGACUACCAGUGUAGUGACUGCGGGAAAGCCUUCUGUCGCAAAUACAGACUUGCUCAGCACCAGAGAGUGCACACCGGAGAGCGGCCUUAUGAGUGUGCUGAGUGUGGGAAAACCUUCAGCUACAAACACAUACUUGUCCAGCACCGGAGAGUGCACACCGGGGAGCGGCCUUAUGAAUGCAGCGAGUGCAGCAAAGCCUUCAGUAACAAACCCACGCUGGUGCGCCACCAGAGGAUUCACACUGGAGAGAGGCCUUACGAAUGCAGCCACUGUGGGAAAUUCUUCAGCCAGAGCUCCAGCCUUAGUGAACACGAGAGAAUUCACACUGGGGCACGGCCUUACAAAUGUGGGGAGUGUGGGAAAUUCUUCACCUCCAACUCCAACCUAAUUAAACACCGGAGAGUGCACACGGGAACAAGGCCUUAUGAGUGCAGUGAGUGUGGGAAAUUCUUCAACCAAAGUCCCAGCCUCAUCAAGCACCAGAGAAUUCACACUGGUGAAAAGCCUUAUGAAUGUAGCAACUGUGGGAAACUCUUCAGCCAAAGCUCCACCCUCAUCAAGCACCAGAGAGUUCACAGCGGAGUAAGACCUUACAAGUGCAACGACUGUGGGAAAGUCUUCAGCCAAAGUUUUGGCCUCACUCAACACCAGAGAGUUCAUAGCGCAGACAAACCCUAUGAGUGCAGUGGAGGCGGACAAUUCUCUAGCCAGAGCACACAACGGAAAGUCCUCGUGAAUGCAGCAGCAGCUGUGAUGGUUUCAGCCACAAGUCUGCUCUGAUGCACCCCCCAGCAAGUGCACCACCCAACCCACCCUUACGAGUGCACCGAAUGUGGGAAAACCUUCGGCUGGAGGUCUAAUCUCAUUUGACACCACAAAGUUCAUCCGGGAGAAAGGCCUUACAACGGAGGUGGAGAAUGAGCCAGGCUGUUUAACACAGCAGCGUGCGGCACCCUGGGUGGUGAUGCUGUUCCUCACCUGUAUCUGCACAUGUCCCAACUUCGUAGGCAUUAGCGGGGGUAGAUGGAUGGUAUCAUGGCACCGAAUGUCUAGUUUUUUUGCCCCCAAGCCUCCUGGGAUAAGUCACUAAUCCUGUAAUCCAAAUGUUGUGGUUUUCUGUGGGUCUAGAGGUUUUCCUCGGAGGACAGUUGUAUUUUUUGGAUCAGCCUCUUUUCAUAGUGGAGGACACAUAUGACCCUGUUUGGUAUUACUAGUCUCCCUGGAACCCCUUUCAGUACAGCAGACUGGGGGCUGGGAUGCCCCAUACCUCCCUGGGAUUGUGGAUUGUGCCUGGUUUAUAGGAAGGUUUUUGCAGAAAUUUGAGGCCUUUUAGAGCCAGCUGCUCUAAAAAGCAGAACUAGAACUCCAGACACCUUAAGGGAGAGGAAGUGUAAUUUUUAUGGCCCAUAGCCCCUACCUAUCCAGGGGAACUGCAGCGAUCCACACAAGCGACCAUUCCUACUCGGCCUGCAUCAUACUUAAAAUGUACUUUUCAUGGGGCUGGUUACUGCGGGGCUAUGCACUGAACAAAGAUGCAGCAGUUGGUAACUGCCCUCAGUAUGACCGAGAAGGAGGAAUAAGUGGGAGGAAUAAGUGGGGGGUGGGAAAGGGAGCAGGCUUCCCACCACGGGCCUGGGCGCCAGGACCCCACAAUCAUGAGUCAUGAUCUAAGGUAAAGGCAGGUGCAUAAGGAUAGAGCUGCCCAUGUGUCCCAGUAUUUUCAUCUUGAAAUGUCGGUGGCAAGUACUGUUACUGUUUCCUGCUCUUAAGUUGGCUUCUUAAAGGGUAGGUAGGACAGUCUGCAUUGAAUAAGGGACUUUUUAAACCUGCUGAAAUGACACGAUGUUCAUCCUUUCCCCUCAAACCCUUUCUGGUUUGCAGAGUGGGGGCUGUCACAGAUAAGCUUACUGCGAACACACAAACCUUUUAUAGAAUGUGUCUUGCUAGGCUUGGCAGCACAGAAGCUGGCACUCUAAAUGCAUUGGUCACACCAGGUCUACGCUCAUGAAGUUGAAAUGGUCACAUUUAUUCAAGUCUUUAAAGUGUCGUGUAACACUGUGCUUGAAUUCCGCAUUUCCCCUACCCAGUCGCUUUGCUACCUAUAAGCUCUCCGAGUGCUAAUGAAGGGGGGAUUGUUGGAACUCUGCUUGUGCAAUAAAAAUAAACCAAAACCA